GCCACUGCGUGUAUAAACAAAUCCUCAGCAGAGAAGAAAUCACAUGGCUUUUGUGUGGUGAGGUGGAAAAGGCGGGAAAUUCCUUACACAUUCUCAAUUACUUAAGUAUGGACAGGCGCGAAAUCUAUUUUCUGCUUCAGUCGAACAUCUAAUUCAGCCCAGUGAGGAAGGAAGGCCAGCCGAAUUCACGAGAUUUCUCUCAUACGCACAGGCCUUUUUUCUACUUCCAUAGAGAAUUUUUCACAUUAGAAAUUUUCUGGCUAAAAUUCUCAAGUGUAUUUUUUCUACACAUUUUUUUCUGAGUGGGAAAAAUGAGGAAAAACGCCAUUUCACCCAGAAAUAUCAUAUGAAGUGCUUUGAGAUUGUUUUUGUCUUCCUUGCUAUCCAAAUUCCUUGACGAAACCGGUGAGAGAAUGAGGAAAUUAAUUGCAUUUGUGCUCCUUAUACUUUUGCACUCAACCACGGAAAUAGUCGCAGCGAUAACAGGCAGCACGGGAUUAUUCCACGAGGAGACGAAUUUAGUGGACUUGGGGCCCACUUUCGGAGAAGUUCCUCGGGAAAUUGAGGCCGCCGUGGGUCAUACUGUGAUACUCUCAUGCAUUGUGCACAAUGUCGGAGAUAGAUAUGUAUCCUGGAUUCGUCGUAGGGAUCAUCAUGUCCUUAUUGUUAAUGACUUUGUCUACACAUCGGAUCCAAGGAUAUCCAAACAGGAACCGUCACCGGGCAAGAAUGUCUGGAAUCUCAUGAUCAGCAAUGUACGGCAAAGUGAUGCUGGAGAAUAUGAAUGUCAGGUAUCCACGGAACCUGAUAUCAAGAAUCGCAUCACACUAAAAAUUAUUGAUAUUUCAGGGCCCGAGGCAGAACAAGCAGAUACGCCCUUUGUCACGACGCAGAUUGAAGGGCCACGCGAAGAAGUGGUCAAAGCGGGAUCCGUCGUAACCUUCCACUGUUCAGCUGUCCAUCGUGUCAAUGGGUCAGAGGGCGGACGCGUGAUGUGGCUCAAGGAUGGGCGUCCCAUUGAGAAGCAUGAGAACCCACGGGGAGGCGUAAGUGUGUACACCGAAUGGAAACCCCACAAUGUCGUGAGCAGGCUCACACUGAUAGCGUCGGCACCUGAGGACAACGGAGCCUACUCAUGUUCUAUAGCUGGAUCCGGGACGGACACAGUGAUGCUUUUUAUUGAUGAAGGAAAAGGUACAGAGAUCUCAUUAAAUGCUUACGUUAAUCUCGUUACCUAUAAAAAGGCGCAACAAGUGCAGAAACAAAGCUUCUGGAAUUUCCUCAAAGAAUUGUUUAGUUUUUGUAAACCGUCUUAAAAUAUUGUCUGAAGACCUAUAGGUGAGGGUGGAAAGAAAAUUGAAAUAUUAUUUUAAACUGAAUACAUAUUCAAAAAUAAUGGAUAGACUUGAGAAAAUUGUUGUAAUUCUUUCUUAAAAAUUUAUUAUACCCAUUAUACCUAUAAAUACAAAACUUUUUUUUUUAUUUUCAAGUAAAGAAAAAUAAUUUCUUAAAAAUUGAAAAGUUUCUCAUUGUUGAGACUCGAUCUUACCAAAUCAGUUAUGUUUAUUCCGAUAAAAUGUGAUUAAUUAAAUGAGAUUCUUUCUUUGAGCUUAUUUUGAGUUGGAGAUCACAUAUCUCGAGAACGACAAAUUCAAAAGGUUAUUCAAAGGUAGUUCUGGGAUCUAAAUAACAUUUGACUACCUAUACCUUUAAAAAAAACUUGAAAAAAACUUAUCUGAGGUGUGAAAACCAAUAAAAAUUCAUCAAAAUA